AUGGCUCAAGUUUUGCCAAUACGCUUUCAAGAGCACUUGCAGCUCACAAACAUUGGGAUCAACCCAGCGUCGAUCUCCUUCAAUACACUCACCAUGGAAUCUGAUAAGUUCAUCUGUGUCAGAGAGAAAGUUGGUGAUACAUCGGAGGUUGUCAUAAUUGAUAUGGGCGAUCCAACGAACCCAAUCAGACGGCCGAUAUCUGCUGACUCUGCUAUAAUGAAUCCUGCCAGCAAAGUCAUUGCACUUAAGGGCAAAGCUGGAGUUGAAGCGGCGCAAAAGACCCUGCAAAUAUUCAACAUCGAGAUGAAGUCCAAGAUGAAAGCGCACACGAUGACAGAGGACGUCGUGUUCUGGAAGUGGAUAUCGCCGAACACCCUCGCCCUAGUUACGAAGAUGUCGGUCUACCACUGGUCCAUGGAGGGCGAUUCGCAGCCGGUGAAGAUGUUCGAUCGCCACUCAUCGCUCGCCGAGUGCCAGAUUAUCAACUACAGGACCGACCCGAAGCAGCAGUGGUUGCUGUUAGUUGGUAUUUCCGCCCAGCAGAACCGCGUGGUUGGCGCGAUGCAGUUGUACUCCGUGGAGCGCAAGUGCUCACAGCCGAUUGAGGGCCACGCAGCAUCCUUCGCGACGUUCAAAGCUGAGGGGAACACUGAGCCAUCGACGCUGUUUUGUUUCGCAGUACGCACCGCGCAGGGCGGCAAGCUACAUAUUAUCGAGGUGGGACAGCCUCCCGCAGGCAAUACAGCGUUCCACAAGAAGGCAGUAGACGUGUUCUUCCCUGCUGAAGCUCAAAAUGACUUCCCCGUGGCCAUGCAGGUCUCCCCGAAAUACGACGUCAUCUACCUCAUCACCAAAUAUGGAUAUAUUCAUAUGUACGACAUCGAAUCUGGUACCUGCAUUUACAUGAACCGUAUCUCGUCUGAUACGAUUUUCGUGACAGCACCGCAUGAGUCUACUGGAGGAAUAAUCGGCGUGAAUCGCAAAGGACAAGUGCUAUCCGUAACAGUAGAGGAGGAUUCCAUUGUCCCUUACAUCAACACUGUCCUCCAAAACCCUGAGUUGGCACUACGUUUGGCUGUCAGAAAUAACCUGGCCGGUGCCGAAGAGUUGUUUGUGAGGAAAUUUAACAUGCUCUUCACCAAUGGCCAGUAUGGGGAAGCUGCUAAGGUGGCAGCGAUGGCGCCCCGAGGCAUCUUACGUACUCCACAGACGAUCCAGCGUUUCCAGCAAGUGCCAACACAGCCAGGGCAAACAUCACCUCUACUGCAGUACUUUGGAAUUUUACUUGACCAGGCUCAACUUAACAAGUUUGAGUCGUUGGAGCUGUGCCGUCCUGUCUUAUUACAAGGUAGGAAGCAGCUUUUGGAAAAAUGGCUGAAGGAGGAAAAGCUGGAAUGUUCCGAAGAACUGGGAGACCUUGUAAAGCAAGUAGAUCCAACCCUCGCAUUAUCUGUGUAUCUUCGUGCGAAUGUUGCAAGCAAAGUCAUUCAGUGCUUUGCCGAAACUGGUCAAUUCCAGAAAAUUGUGCUUUAUGCUAAGAAGGUUGGAUAUACCCCUGACUACAUCUACCUACUACGAUCCGUGAUGCGUACGAGUCCGGAACAAGGCGCCGGAUUCGCGGGCAUGCUUGUAGCAGAAGAGCCGCCUCUGGCAGACAUCAAUCAGAUCGUAGAUGUCUUCAUGGAGCAGAACAUGGUGCAGCAGUGUACCGCCUUCCUUCUCGACGCGCUCAAGAACAACCGCCCUGAGGAGGGUCCGUUGCAGACACGCCUCCUAGAGAUGAACCUAAUGUCGGCACCGCAAGUAGCAGACGCGAUCCUCGGUAACGGAAUGUUCACCCACUACGACCGCGCGCACGUGGCGCAGCUUUGCGAGAAGGCUGGCCUGCUGCAACGCGCCUUGGAGCACUACACCGACCUCUACGACAUCAAGCGGGCUGUGGUCCACACACACCUGCUGUCUGCCGACUGGCUAGUCAAUUUCUUCGGAACACUCUCGGUUGAAGAUUCCCUGGAAUGUCUGAAGGCGAUGCUGCAAGCGAACAUCCGCCAGAACCUGCAGAUUUGCGUACAAAUCGCGACCAAGUACCACGAGCAGCUGACCACUAAGGCGCUCAUCGAACUAUUCGAGAGCUUCAAGACAUACGAGGGAUUGUUCUACUUCCUUGGGUCUAUUGUUAACUUUAGUCAGGACCCCGAAGUACACUUCAAGUACAUUCAGUCUGCAUGCAAAACCGGACAAAUUAAAGAAGUGGAACGAAUCUGCCGCGAAUCGAAUUGCUACAACGCGGAACGAGUGAAGAACUUCCUCAAAGAGGCUAAGCUUCCCGACCAGCUCCCUCUCAUCAUCGUGUGCGACAGAUUCGAUUUCGUUCACGAUUUGGUGCUAUAUCUAUACAGGAAUAGCCUCCAAAAAUACAUUGAGAUCUAUGUACAAAAGGUGAACCCAUCACGUUUGCCAGUUGUGGUGGGAGGUCUGCUAGAUGUAGACUGUGCUGAAGACAUCAUUAAAAACUUGAUUCUUGUGGUGCGCGGACAGUUCUCUACUGAUGAACUCGUUGCCGAGGUUGAGAAGAGAAACAGGCUGAAACUGUUACUGCCAUGGUUGGAGACACGAGUACACGAGGGCAGCAAUGAGCCUGCUACACAUAAUGCGCUUGCGAAGAUCUACAUCGACUCUAACAACAACCCAGAAAGAUUCCUCAAGGAGAACCAAUGGUACGAUUCCCGGGUGGUCGGUCGCUACUGCGAAAAGCGUGACCCGCACCUCGCGUGCGUCGCGUACGAGCGUGGGCAAUGCGAUCGCGAGCUGAUCGCCGUGUGCAAUGACAACUCGCUGUUCAAGACGCAGGCGCGCUACUUGGUUCGUCGCCGGGACCAGGACCUCUGGCUGGAGGUGCUUAGCGAGAGCAAUCCCUUCAAGCGGCAACUUAUUGACCAGGUGGUCCAAACUGCUCUGUCAGAGACCCAAGACCCUGAAGACAUCUCGGUGACAGUGAAGGCCUUCAUGACAGCCGACUUGCCCAACGAACUUAUCGAGUUGCUCGAGAAGAUCGUGCUCGACAGCUCUGUGUUCUCCGACCACAGGAAUUUACAAAACUUGCUUAUUCUCACUGCAAUUAAGGCGGACCGCACGCGUGUUAUGGAAUACAUCAACCGCUUGGACAACUACGACGCGCCAGACAUUGCUAACAUCGCAAUCAACAAUGAAUUAUAUGAGGAAGCCUUUGCCAUCUUCAAAAAAUUCGAUGUUAACACUUCCGCUAUACAAGUCCUCAUCGAGCAAGUCAAAGACCUUAAACGGGCCUACGAAUUCGCCGAGCGCUGUAACGAACCAGGUGUGUGGUCGCAGUUAGCCAAAGCCCAGUUGCAGCAGGGCUUGGUUAAGGAAGCCAUCGAUUCCUACAUCAAAGCUGAUGAUCCUUCGGCGUACAUGGAUGUUGUGGCUACAGCCAGCGCCCAGCAAUCUUGGGAUGAUUUAGUCCGCUAUCUUCAGAUGGCUCGUAAAAAAGCGCGCGAAUCAUACAUCGAGUCUGAACUUAUCUACGCGUACGCACGUACUGGCCGUCUCGCGGACUUGGAAGAGUUCAUCUCUGGACCGAACCAUGCUGACAUACAGAAGAUCGGAGACAGGUGCUUCGAUGACAAGAUGUAUAAUGCGGCGAAACUGCUCUAUAACAAUGUUAGCAACUUUGCCCGUCUUGCUAUCACGCUUGUGCACUUAAAGGAAUUCCAAGGUGCUGUGGAUAGCGCGCGAAAAGCCAAUUCCACGCGUACGUGGAAGGAGGUUUGCUUCGCAUGUGUGGACGCCGGCGAGUUUAGACUGGCACAGAUGUGUGGCCUUCAUAUUGUGGUGCAUGCUGACGAAUUGGAGGACCUUAUUAACUACUACCAGGACCGAGGCCACUUCGACGAACUUAUAAGUCUGUUGGAAGCAGCGCUCGGCUUGGAGCGCGCCCACAUGGGCAUGUUCACCGAGCUGGCCAUCUUGUACUCCAAGUACAAGACCGCCAAGAUGAGGGAGCAUUUGGAACUCUUCUGGUCGCGAGUCAACAUUCCUAAGGUGCUUCGUGCAGCAGAGCAAGCUCACCUGUGGUCAGAAUUAGUUUUCCUGUACGACAAAUAUGAAGAGUACGACAACGCAGCGCUGACAAUGAUGCAGCAUCCCACGGAGGCCUGGAGAGAAGGUCACUUCAAAGAUAUCAUCACCAAGGUGGCCAACAUGGAGUUGUACUACAAAGCGAUACAAUUCUACCUGGACUACAAACCCUUGCUCCUUAACGACUUGCUGUUAGUUCUGGCACCGCGAAUGGACCACACCCGCGCCGUCAACUUCUUCACUAAGGCCGGUCAUUUGCAACUAGUUAAAGCCUACCUCAGGUCCGUGCAGAGCUUGAACAACAAGGCAGUCAAUGAAGCGCUUAACUCUCUUCUUAUUGACGAAGAGGACUACCAGGGUCUACGAACUUCGAUAGACGCAUUCGACAAUUUCGACACGAUAGCGCUUGCGCAGCAACUCGAAAAACACGAACUCACCGAGUUCAGAAGAAUUGCUGCAUACCUGUAUAAAGGCAACAAUAGAUGGAAGCAGAGUGUGGAGCUGUGCAAGAAGGACGCUUUAUACGCUGAUGCGAUGGAGUACGCGUCUGAGUCGCGACAACCCGAAGUGGCCGAAGAGCUGCUCGACUGGUUCUUGGAGAGGAAGAACUACGAGUGCUUCUCCGCUUGUCUUUAUCAAUGCUAUGAUCUUCUGAAACCAGACGUUGUCAUUGAAUUAGCGUGGAGGCACAACAUUAUGGACUUUGCUAUGCCUUUCCUUAUUCAGACGGUACGAGAAUUAACGACAAAGGUGGAAAAACUCGAAGAAGCCGACGCCAAACGCAGCACGGAGAGCGCUGAACAUGAAGCCAAGCCAGCUAUGAUCAUGGAACCACAACUUAUGCUUACCGCCGGACCAUCGAUGGCAUACCCAGGCGUAGCGGCGCAGGCUUCGCCGUACGCGUACGCGGCACAAGCCCCCCUCCCCCCGCGCCCUACCACGGGUACGGCAUGUAGGGAACACCCGCCCCCGCCUGGGGGAACUACGCUCACUUCUGAGCGGCCGGCCCGCUGCACGCGACGCAGGGCUAACGAGAUUCGUUAA